AUGAAGAAGGCCAUUAACUGGUGUGCCUUCAUCAUCUUGGGAACGUUCAUACCUCUGGGCUUGUCGACAUUCAGUCUAUGCUACUUGAAUAUUGACAAAGAAAAAAAUCAAAUCCAUUCGUACAACAAUGAGUAUCGUCGAAAGCAAAGGGAACUCUUGAAAUCUCAGCAACAGCAAAAUAAAGGAAAUUGA